GGGAUUUCUGUACUUAUACUUAGCUGGGCCGACGGUCUCUUAGUCUACGUUUAGGAGCGCGUCAUCCUGUUAGUCGUCUGUGACACUCCGCUGCCCGGUGACUCUCGCUUUCCCGGGUGCAGCUAGCCAGACACCGCUUUCUAACUGUAGGUUCUGGAGAUAAGACACUAAAAUGGCUUCUGUUGCAGUUGAUCAACAACAGAAUGUGGUAACUAGAGUGGCCAACCUUCCCUUGGUGAGUUCAACUUAUGACUUGGUGUCAUCUGCUUACAUCAGCACAAAAGAUCACUAUCCUUACCUCAAAUCAGUGUGUGAGAUAGCAGAGAAAGGAAUGAAGACCAUCACUGCAGUGGCAGUGACCAGUGCUUUGCCCAUCAUCCAGAAAUUGGAACCUCAAAUUGCAGUUGCCAACAACUAUGCUUGUCUAGGAUUGGAUAGGAUUGAAGAAAGACUGCCUAUUCUGAAUCAGCCAACAGAUAAGGUUGUUGCCAAUGCCAAAGGUGUGGUAUUUGGUGCAAAGGAUGCUGUGACAACAACUGUGACCAGUGCCAAGGAUUCUGUGACUCACACUAUUAAUGGAGUUGUGGGCAGAACAAAAGGAGCAGUUAACGACAGUGUGGAAAUGACCAAGUCUGUAGUGAAUGGAAGUAUCAACACUGUUUUGGGAAGUCGCAUGGUACAGAUGGUGAAUAAUGGAGUUGAAAAUGCACUUAGCAAGUCAGAAUUCCUUGUGGAUCAGUAUCUUCCGCUCACCGAAGAGGAACUAGAAAAAGAAGCAAAGAAAGUUGAAGGGUUCGAUGUGGUUCAGAAACCAAGUUACUAUGUUCGUUUGGGAUCUUUGUCCACCAAACUCCGCUCACGUGCCUACCAGCAGGCCUUAAGCAGGGUUAAUGAAGCCAAACACAAAGGCCAAGAGACCAUUUCUCAGCUGCAUAACACUAUGAAUCUGAUAGAGUUUGCCAGGAAGAAUGUUAAUAGUGCCAACCAAAAACUACAGGAUGCCCAGGAUAAGCUGUAUCUCUCAUGGCUGGAAUGGAAGAGGAGUAUAGGCCAUGAUGACAGUGAUGAAUCCCACUGUGCUGAGCAUAUUGAAUCCCAGACUCUGGCUAUAGCUCGGAACCUGACACAGCAGCUCCAGACCACCUGCCUUACUCUUAUGUCCAAUAUCCAGGGGCUACCCCAGAAUAUUCAAGACCAAGCCCACCAUGUUGGGUCAAUGGCUGGUGAAGUCUACUCAGUAUUUCGAAAUGCCACUUCCUUUAAGGAAGUAUCGGAUGGUCUCCUCAGUUCCAGCAAAGGGCAGCUGCAGAAAAUGAAGGAGUCUUUAGAUGACAUGAUGGAUUAUCUUGUUAACAACACUCCUCUCAACUGGCUGGUGCCAGAUUUCACCAUCACUGACUUAUCUUCUGAAACUUAUGAAAUUCCAGACAUUUUAGGUUUGGAUGAGGAGGACGAAGUUGAUUAUUCACGAUUUAAUGGAUCUGUUAACCUAAGUCAGAAUAAUGAAUAAAGAACAGCAAAUUGAUCUCGAAUAUAGCAUUUUACUUUGCUAAAUUACAUGUUUUUUCCAAGUAUUUUUAUAGUUUUUGGGAAUGGUAGUAAAUUUUGUUUUAAUUUUAUUGAUUCCUUAUUUCAUUCCCCAGAGCAACCGUUACAAACUUUUUCUUCUUUAUUCAAGUCCCUCAAUGUACUCCUGCCUUCCAAGAUCAUAGCAAAUAAUACACCAAGGAAACAGACGGAUGCAUGUUUCCCCAGGCCUCUGCUUUUCAAAAUUACAUGCCUCUGUUCCCAAUCUCAUUCAUUCCUGUGAUCUUGUUCUAGGAAUUAUCCUCUCUCUAAAUACAUCACCCCUCUCUUUCUCUCUAUUUCUUUCCUAUUUACUUACAAACAUUGGUCAAAUUUCCCACAUCCUAAAAAUAUUCUUUGUUGAUCCUUUGUCUUAGCUAGCUAUAGGUAAGCUUCUUUCUCCCUUAGGUUUCUUGAAAAGUUGGCUUAUACCUAAUACAACCACUCUCUCAUCACUUCCCUCAUUAACCUCAUUUAACUUGGCUAAUGGAACUCCCCUCAAAAGACAAAAAUCAGUCAACUAACAAGCCUCUAUUAAUUUCUUAUGAUGGGACAAAUACAAUGAAACAAUCCUUGCUCGAAAGGAUUCCUACUUAAUCCCAUGGCCUUUUUAUUUUAGUUUCAAAAUUAUAUAUAUAUUUUCAAUUUCCAACAUUUUCAAAUUCCAACAAAUUUCAACAUUCCCAUGAAACCCUGGACAAACAGAAAACAAAGCACUUGUAACAAAUAAGCAUAGGCAAGCAAAACCAAAUUCUACUACUUGCCAUGUUGAAGAAUGUGUCUCAUUCUGUGUCAUCACUACUCAGUUAGGAGGUAGUUCUUCACCAUCAGUCAAUUGGAAUCAUGAUCGAUCAUUUUGUUGUUCAGCAUUCUUAAGUCUCAACAUCCUCUUUUGAGUCUCUGCAUGGGGCAUUUGCCACUGUUGACCACCUUUCUCCUUUUGGGUCCUACCUCUUCUUUUGGUUUCCUCCUUCUACCUCUUUAACCUCCCCUUCUCUGUCUCCUCUGCUGGCUCCUCAGCCCUGAAUUGAAUUGUUUAAUUUGUUUUAAAAAACAUUGGAAAUCUGUUUUUUUUCCCCUCUAUAGUAUGUGUAAGAAAUUCUGGUUGUGAAGGCUAUUAAUCUAGCUUGAUAAUCACUGAAAUGAUUGAAAUAAAGUUUGAGUGCUGCCA